AGAGCCUACAGAGUCUGUAUCAGCUUCAAAAACUACAAAAAAAGUGAUAGAAUAAAUGAGAGUAUAAAAUGCUGAGAUGAGUUUGUGGAUAAUUGUUUGUAUCAUUAUAAGAGCCCAACAUGUUUUCUUUUUAGGGUGGAUUUUUAUUGUGGAUUUUUAGGGUGGAUUUUCCUUUUAAACUCGUGCUGACAGCUGGCCCCGCCCCCAGCCCACCAGCUCUGCUCCUAUUGGUCACACGGAGGGUCAGCUGCUGCAGCAGGGACGCACGUGCAGCUCCGCGCAUUUCAAGAUCAAGAUGGCAGCCUCCGUGUGUCGGUGCUACGAGCUGGUUGGCAGACGUGCCUUGGCCCUGUGCUCCCGGCCCCUGGCCCCCUCAGUGUGGAGAGGAGAUGCCUACACGUUACACAGGAGCCCCGCUGCAACUGUGCAGGUGCGAUAUAAUUCAGGACGUAAAGGUUUCCUGGGAGAGUUUGUGGAUAACCUGCGUCAGGAGUUUAGUAAGAAUCAGGAGAUGAAAGACAACAUCAAAAAGUUCAGAGAAGAGGCCAAGAGGCUCGAGGAGUCUGAUGCUCUCCAGCAAGCCCGCAGGAAAUAUAAAUCUAUAGAGUCUGAGACAGUGAAGACUUCAGAGGUGUUUAAGAAGACCUUGGGCUCCCUGUCAGAGACUGUCAAAGAGGGUCUUGAUGGGGUGAGUCGCACUGACAUUGGGAAGAAGAUCAAGGAAAGUGUGGAGGAGGCUGCCAAAACAGCCAUGCACUCUGCUGAGUCAGUCUCCAAAGGAGGAGAAAAACUGGGCAAAAGCGGCGCAUUCAGGGCCAUCUCACAGGGUGUGGAGACCAUGAAGAGGGAGAUAGAGGUUGGGGAUGCUGGUCCAUACAGAGCCCCCUCGCAGCUAAGGAAGAGAAGUGAUUUCUCCUCCAAAGGAGCCGACAGCGACUCCAGAGUGUUCGAGGCCAAUGAGGAGGCAAUGGGUGUUGUUCUUCACAAGGAUUCAAAGUGGUACCAGCAGUGGAAGGACUUCAAGGACAAUAAUGUAGUUUUUAACAGAUUCUUUGAGAUGAAGAUGAAAUAUGAUGAAAGUGACAACGCCCUCGUCAGAGCAUCCAGAGCUGUGACGGACAGGGUCACUGGCUUCCUAGGCGGUCUUUUCUCAAAGACAGAAAUGUCCGAGGUGCUGACGGAGAUUGUAAAGGCAGACCCCACCUUCGACAAAGACUCUUUCCUCAAACAGUGUGAGAAAGACAUCAUCCCUAACAUACUAGAGGCUAUGAUCCGUGGAGAGUUGGAUGUUUUAAAAGACUGGUGCUAUGAAGCUACGUACAGUCAGCUGGCUCACCCCAUCCAGCAGGCCCGAGCGCUGGGGCUGCUCUUCCAGUCCAAAAUCCUAGACAUUGAUAACAUAGAUCUAGCGAUGGGUAAGAUGAUGGACCAGGGUCCAGUGCUGAUCAUCACCUUCCAGGCUCAGGUUGUCAUGGUGAUCCGCAGCCCCAAAGGAGACAUUGUGGAAGGAGAUCCGGAGAAGGUGAUGAGGAUGAUGUAUGUUUGGGCGCUGUGUCGUGACCAGGAGGAGCUGAACCCCAAUGCAGCCUGGAGACUCCUGGACAUCUCCGCCUCCAGCACAGAGCAGGCUCUCUAGGAGGAGAAGGAGGAGGAGCGCAGGUGAAAAGGCAGACAUGGGACACCUAAACUGUGAAUCAGGGCAGGAGACACAAGGAUGUGCCUGGAACACCUGCACAUACUGACUCACACACAUAUGUGACAUACGCAUUUCCGAUUGCUGCCCAGGGGAUUUAUGUGCGCAUGUAUAUCCGUCCACUCUCUGGUGUGAAGAUGUACAUGAACAUAAACUACUGGUACAAUUAUAUAUCCAUAGAAAACUACGCGUCCACCAAUAUGUGUGUGCUGUGUCCUGCACUGGUUAGCUCAGAGUUUGAGUUUCAAGGUGGAGAGUGAACAGAGAACAUUUACAUUAACUUUCCAAUGGAUAGAACCAACUUUUUCACCAACUGGCUAAAAAAUGAGCUUGUGCCAUUCCCCUCAUUGUUUGAUCCAAUGGUACAGUCCAUCCAUACCAGCCUGGACAUUAAAGGAGAUCGACAGAAGAAACCAGACACGACACCUGUGACUUUACUCGCUGGUCUCAAGAGGGACAUCUAAAGCCGAAAACUAGGUUUAACGUCACCGCAGUCUCUGUCAAAGAAUUCGAAACAGAAAAUUACAAUUUGGGCAGCCUUGUUGAAGCAACCAACAUAGCUGAGUGGGACAACAUGAGAGACCUUGUUGAUCAAGGCAAACAUGCUUCGAGUUCAAGGGGCACUCUACCGAUUUAACACAUAGAGGUCAGUUGCUAACUUGUCACAAGGAGUCUACUCAGCCUGUGAAAACAGCUCUGGAGGAACUUGGGCUUUCUAAAAUCAGAUAAAAUGCCCCUGGUGAUCAGAGUAACCUCAGAUUGGGCUUUUUCACAGAAAACUUGUUUAUGUUACGAACUUAGGAUGUGGAGUUUGAAGGAAAAGAGCAUUUUUCAGACAGAAUGGGUCAAACAAAAGAUGCCAUUGAGUUGCUUUAUGGGACACUAUGGAAUAAAAGUCAAGAUAUUUAAGCCUCUGCUGCUUUGAUUGCGACCAUUAUAUUUUGGAAUUGUCUCCUGUGAGUCUGAAAACUUUAUGGAACUGCAAUACUAAAUGGCUGCAGUACAACCUUAAGGCUUAAGUGCAAAUUGUACUUUCCCCAUAACUGCAAGGGUCGAUGAGAUUUAAUAUCAUCAUCUGCCGAUGUCCGUGAGGGUCUGCCAACACUCUGCCUAUGCAGAUGCCCAAUGUCAUAUAAACAGAACUUAACAGCAUUUGUCUUGUGUAUGUCUGGCCCUUCCUAAUGGCCUCUUCACAAACAAUACAUUCAAGGUUCAGUGUGUAGGGUUUGGGGGGAUAUAUUGGCAGAAAAGUUAUAUAAUAUUCAUAACUAUGUUUUCAUGAGUGCAUAAUCACCUUAACAUAAACGCUGUCGUGCUUUUACUACCUUAGAAUGACAUAUUUAUAUCUACAUAGGGAAAUGGGGGUCCUCUUUCACAGAGUCCGCCAUGUCUUUCUACAGUAGCCCAGAACGGACUAACCAAACACUGGUCUUUAGGAAGGGCUAUUCCAGUUUUGGGGUCAGCCGCUGUAGUUGUUUGCAAUCAGCAACGUCACCACUAGAUGCCACUAAAUCCUACACACUGGACCUUUGAGAUGGUUGAAGUAUUGUUUUUGUCGGCCAAAUUACCAUUAACCAUUAAAUGAAAUGUGUCUUACUAGUAAAUGGCAUUGCUGGGGAAAGUAAAAGUUAGAGGCAACCCCAGAUUCACUCCAGUUUUGGAUGAAACAAGACAGAAUUGGCGUUUCGCCUUGCCAUAUUUCCAGGGGAGGGGGCCAAUUUUGCAUAGUAAGUAAUUAAUGAAGUAAUUCUCAGUAUUUGCUGUAAAAUUCAGCUGUUGUGGUUACUGCUUGGAUCCUGCUCACUUUCACAAUAAAACAAUAUUAAAACUUAAAUAGAACAACAAGUAAGGUGAAGUCUGAACAAUACAAUAGAGGAUGUAAUGAUCUGUAUAGUCCGGGCCCAUGCUGCCAUGUGCACUGAGCGCCCAGUGCACCCGAGAAACCACAAGCAACUGGAGAGAGCAUGUCCUUGUGUUUGUAUUCAAAAAGCAGCACACGUUUUUCAAGUUGCGGUGCAUUUGGCUCCCAGUCACUGUAUAUUCUGUACACCCUAAAUAAGAACUGUAUUGUAUCCACAUGUUAAUAUAAGCUGUCAGCUCCUUGUAAAUAUAAUAAAUGUCAAGUACUGCUUCUCGGUAAGCUCGGAGGGACCAUAGUCAGAUAUAUCACCAUGGCAGCUUUAUGUUUCAGGAUCAUUUGCCAUUUCAUGUCAUACAUUUUUCAGCGGUUUGUUUUACUAAAAUGUUUUCUUUUAUGUUUUUGUAAAGGCCUUAAUGCCGAAAAUGAACAAGCACAUUACUGUUUUUGACAUUCAUACUGUGUGACCACAUGGGUCUCUACUCAUAUGCCGCUGAAGAUUGAACACAUUUUGAUUGUACUGUAACUCUUUCCUUGAUUCGAUUAAGAUACAGAAACGUCCAUACUUGUGAAGAGAAGUUGAGCUCCUGAUCAAUGAAUGUCUAGAUUGUAGCAGGAGAAUUUUAGCCGUUUUGUUUGUAUAACAGUUGUCAUUCGUGGCCAUAACAUGUGAUGUGAUGUGGCCUGUCAUUUAGUAGAGUUCAUGACUAUGAUGAUCACACAGGGCUCAAGUAACAUUCCUGCUGUGUGCUGGUGAUUUUCACUCCUGGAGGUAAUAAAUAAAGCCCACUAAGUAGGGCAGUGCUUUCAAUCGAGAGACUCUCACAAUAGAUGAGAAAACAUGCAUGACAAGCUGUGAAGGGAGAGACUUUGUGGAAAAACUUCUGGCAGUAAAUGAUCAGAAAUCCCUGUCAUCGAGAGUGUGCAAUAGAUUUUUCCUGCUUAAAUCUGGUCCUGUGCAAAAUAUCUCAACAGGUAUAGUUAAGAUUGCUACAAUAUGAAAUGUGGUGUAGAUAUAUUUUGUUCCCAGACAAUUCAUUGUAAUGUUUGUCUAGGCCUCAACUUUCAUCUGUAUAGCCUUUUCCUUGGGUUCGAUCUUGAGCUAAUCGUGCAUAAAACGUACUGAACUCCUUACGACCAACUCUGCGACAAACUCUGUCGACUAUAUGAGCUCUCCCUUUAGUGCUGCUAUCAGCUAAAAUGUCAUCCUUGCACACAAAAUACUGUUUUCGUCAUUAAAAAUUAAGAUUGCCAAGUUGUCCACAGGGAUAAAUUGUUCAGACUUAAUGACUCUUCUUCUAACACGGCCCUGAGGAGAAACUUGAUUAUUGCUUAACUACUCGUGAGGCUAAAAAAAUAAAUAAAAAUCACCACUAUGAUUGCUCUGUGCAACACUUUCACAUUCUUCUUCAGAUUAAAGUAGUUUGGUUUAUGACAAGUGGCAGUAGUGUCUACAAUGGUACAGGAAACAACAAGGUUUACUUGAAAAAUGACCGUUAUUUCCGCAUUUUCCUGUGAUAAUGACAAAUUCUUUAUACUAUAUAGUGUAUAUGCCAGAAAGAUUUACACGUUACAUCCAUUCUUGAAGUUAUAAGUUGACCAAAGAAAAAAUGGAUUCUUGAGUUUUUCUAUUUUCAUCCAUUUAUAUGUCUGUGUGAAGAAUAAAGAGUGCUGUAUUAUGA